GAAAAGGACAAGUUGUAUUUCUUCAUCUUUCUUUGGCUCGUGCCCUACAGUACUCCGCGGCUGCCUGCCAACCCGGUAAUCGCAGAGGCAGGUCAUCGUCGGAUUUGAUCUUGACGGCUGACCCGUCCCGCCGGCGGUAGCUGCAGCCAGUGCCUCGCCCCCCUUCCAUAUAACACCAACCUCCUCCGCGAUCGCAAUCGCCACCAACCCCAUCGAGAAGCAGACGCCACCACCGCGAUUCGAAUCGCCGCCGUCUCAAACUCAAAACUCACAGAUCGAUCAGAUCAUGGGGGACGUGGUCAAGGACCUGGUGGCGGGCACCGUCGGGGGAGCGGCCAACCUCAUCGUCGGCCACCCCUUCGACACCAUCAAGGUCAAGCUCCAGAGCCAGCCCACCCCUGCCCCCGGCCAAUUCCCCAAGUACGCCGGCGCCGUCGACGCCGUCAAGCAGACCAUCGCCACCGAGGGCCCCAGGGGCCUCUACAAGGGGAUGGGUGCGCCGCUCGCCACCGUCGCCGCCUUCAACGCCCUCCUCUUCACCGUCAGGGGCCAGAUGGAGGCCCUGCUGCGCUCCGAGCCCGGCCAGCCUCUCACGGUCAACCAGCAGGUCGUCGCCGGUGCGGGUGCUGGUGUUGCCGUCUCCUUCCUCGCUUGCCCAACUGAGCUCAUCAAGUGCAGGUUGCAGGCCCAGAGUGCUUUAGCCGAGGCAGCUGCUGCUUCUGGCGUAGCCCUACCCAAAGGACCAAUUGAUGUGGCAAAGCACGUCGUCAGGGAAGCCGGCAUGAAGGGUUUGUUCAAGGGCCUUGUCCCUACAAUGGGCCGCGAGGUUCCUGGCAAUGCCGUGAUGUUUGGUGUGUAUGAAGGCACCAAGCAGUACCUCGCCGGUGGUCAGGACACAUCAAACCUCGGCAGGGGCUCUCUCAUCCUAUCCGGAGGCCUUGCUGGGGCGGUGUUCUGGCUCUCGGUUUACCCUACCGACGUCGUGAAGAGCGUGAUUCAGGUGGAUGACUACAAGAAGCCAAGGUACUCAGGGUCAGUCGACGCUUUCAAGAAGAUUCUCGCGGCCGAUGGAGUGAAGGGCUUGUACAAGGGGUUUGGACCUGCCAUGGCUCGUAGUGUCCCGGCCAAUGCUGCGACAUUCCUGGCGUAUGAGAUUACAAGAUCGGCUCUAGGCUGAUUGAUUGCUGGUUCCAAUGGCCAUUUCUAUCUCUUAUCAUGGUUGAAACAACAACCAGGCUGUGCAGUUGAGGGGGGGAAAAAGCAGCAGUAGCAGUUCCAAUCCUGUUUUGCAAGUUUAUUUCAUCUGCAACAUUGUGAUUCAAAACAUUGAAGUAUGGAAGAUGCAACAGCGAGCAAGAUCGCUGGCUCUGCAUUUUUUGUC